AUGGAUCCAACUCACUUGUAUAAUAUAGCCAAAAGAGGAGCCCAAAGAGUUGUUACCUUGCAACAUCAUCUCAGCAAUUACAACUCGUAUAUCGAGGGUAACAUUGCACCUAGAGGUUUAAGAUUCAAAUGUUCCCCCAAUAUUGGUCUUUUGUCAAAAUCCUCGGCGACCCGUUUUGAUAAUAUUAAACAUCUGUGUCAAAUAAAACUUUUACACCAACUCCGGAGCGUUUGUCUUAGUCAACUAUCUUCUGCCACAAAGGAGCUCACACAUAAUCUUGAGCACUUGGUUUCUUCUACUUCCGAAAACCAAAGUAGCAUAUACCUGCAGAAGAUACAUCAUUUUGAAAAAACUAAACGAGAGUCCCUCAAACAGAAGCAAAUGAAAAAAUUCCAACGCGACGGAGUACCGUAUCUACAACAAACGGAAACUAUCUCAACCAACAAGGAGAAAAAGGGCAGAAACAGAAGACUACGACGUAGAAAGACCAUAUCCAAGUCUGUAGCUACUAACAAUACAGUCAUCAACCUAUCCAACCAUCCUCUCACAGUGUCAGAAAGUGCCCUUUUGUCCAAAGGCCUCAAUUUUUGCCUUAUCCCUAAAGAAAUGAACAAUUCUGAACUUUUUGAAGACAUGGACAAAUUCUAUAGGUUACUCCGGCUGCGCGUGCACUUUGCAAGCGACGACGACCCAGAUGAUGUUGAGGAUACUCCAUCAGUAGCACCUGCAGUUGUACAUCCGGUUAAUCCAUUCAAGAAAAAAAGUACAUGGAACCCCCCACCCAGUAGAAUACCCGCUCUUGAAGCGUACAUCAAUGCAAUAAAAGAGGAAAUAUCCACACACUCCAAUCGCACUCAACAAAUUAAGGACAACCUGUCGCCAUCAGAACGCCAGGCACUCAAAGCACUCAAGCAUAAUGCGGAGAUUGUUAUCAAGCCAGCAGAUAAGGGUUCUGCAGUGGUUAUUAUGAACAGGGGUGAUUACAUCAAUGAGGCUAACCGUCAGCUUACCAACGAGACGUUCUAUCGCAAACUUGAUAGGGACCCGACGCAAGAACACGCCAAACUAAUCAAUGAGGCCAUCGAUAGAAUACUCAACAAGGGGGAUAUAGACGCAGAUACCGCUAGUUUCCUGCGUCCCGUAAAUGCUCUAUCAGGGAAAUUCUAUCUCCUUCCUAAGAUCCAUAAACCUGGAAACCCGGGUAGACCUAUUAUCAACUCUAUAGGCCAUCCGACGGAGAAAAUUUCUAAAUUCGUCGAUUUCCAUAUUCGACCAAUUGUUGAAAAUCUACCAUCUUACAUAAAAGAUACCACCGAUUAUCUUAAUAAAACACCAUCCAGCAACAUACCAGAAGGUACUCUGCUAGUUACAAUGGACGUCGUCUCUCUUUACACAAACAUCCCUCAUGCGGACGGCAUUAAUGCCUGUCGGGAGGCAUGGGAACGCCGUGGUUAUAAGCACCCAUCGACUGAUAGUCUAGUAGAAUUACUUACACUUGUCCUCACACUCAACAACUUCCAGUUUAACAAUGAAAACUACUUGCAGGUCAGUGGUACAGCUAUGGGCACUAAGAUGGCUCCUUCAUAUGCUAAUGUAUUCAUGGGACAUCUUGAAUCCCAACUUUUAGCAUCUGCUCCAAUUAAGCCAUUCAGCUGGCUCAGAUUCAUCGAUGAUAUUGAAAUCAAAUGGACUUCGAACCGGACAUCACUCGAUGAAUUUAUAGAUCACGCAAACACGUUCCAUCCAACAAUCAAAUUCACUGCAGAGGUCUCCACGGAAACUAACACAUUUCUAGACACCAGUUCAACCUUACUUGACGGGAAAAUAAACACAGACCUCUAUUCCAAACCAACUGACACGCACCAGUAUCUCCGCCCGUCCAGCUGUCAUCCCUCACACACAACGAAGAGCAUUCCCUAUUCCCAAGCUCUACGUAUCCGACGGAUAGUGUCCAAUGAUACAGUCUUCGAACGUCGAUGCUCAGAACUUAAAUCACACCUUCUUUCUAGAGGAUAUAAAUCUACUUUGAUAGAUCGGGAACUAGACAAAGUCAGGGUACUUGACAGAGCCAGCCUUCUAGAAUACAAAGUCAGAACUCCGAUACAAAGGGUCCCUUGUGUUGUCAUGUUCCAUCCUAACUUGCCGUCUAUUUCUUCCAUUUUACAUAAUCAUUGGCGCAUCAUCGAGUCGUCAGCUGCACUCAAACGGAUCUUUCCAGAACCACCGUUAUUGGCCUAUCGUAGAUCAAAAAAUAAAGAAUUUAACAACAAUUCUAUCAGCCCUAUAAAUACUGACCGCUGCCCAGAGAUACACAGUUUACAGGAUACCUGA